ACUCCCUGAUUUGAGUUUUAAAGAUGUCAGCUGUUUAAGUAUGUGAAGUUAUGUGCGUAAAAGAAAAUACGUGUUAAUUUUCAACCGGGCUUUGUCUUUCAAAUCAAAAACCAGGAUGGCAGCUCCGAGCAUUUCGAGAAUCACAAGAACUGUAAAGAAAAUGGAAAAACCACGUCCUUUCAAAAAUCAAAACCGGCUGUCGCUGAUCGACACUAAAUACAGCCCUUUUGAAGAUAUUAUGGCCCGAGUUGAAUCUGUCUCCAUGCACUUAGCAAAUGGCAACUACGAUGAAAUGUUACAGCUGAGCAUUUUGAAACUGUGUCAAGACCUGAAACAGUAUGGGUCACAGCUAGAAAGUGUUUUUAAAGAUCAGCUAGACCGUGCUUUCUUAUCAUUUCGAAAUGGCUCAAGAGAUCAGCGCCUUGAUCUUACUGCUAGACUGAAUUUGUUGGAGAUUAUCGAAUUUCGAGCUCGUAACUGGAACAACUGUGAAAAUGCCAAUUCCUACUACAAGCAGCAUACCAGCACUGUUGACUUCCAGCCCGACUACAUGGUGGGGGACACGUCGGCGUACCUGAGCAUGCAGGCGGGCCUGCUGGGGCAGUGUGUGUCGCCUACCGCGCUGCAGCCUCCGGUGCUGUCCCCGGGCGAGAUCAUCAAGCCCUCUGGCAAGUUCUGCAAACCCACCAAGAUACCGGGCAAGAACUACUGCAAGGACGAGGUGGUCAUCCGCAACUCUGACUCCGGCAAGGUGAUGGGCAUCAAGGGGAGACGGGUCCACAUGAUUGAAGAACUGAGUGAGACCAUCAUCUCGUUCCAGCGAGUGAACCCUGGGGCUAAAGAGCGCUUGGUGCAGAUCACGGGACCAAAUGAAGUAAGAAUAAAUGAAGCGAAACUCUUGAUAGAAGACACAAUCCGCCGGAACGCCUCGCCCGUGCGGAUGGAGUCGAACGACCAGGAAGGAAUGGGUGGAUCGAGCAGCAGCUUGAACAGCAGUGCCUCGGAUGAGAGCAACAGACUCAACCAGCCCGGAGCUCGCCGGUCUGUGCUGCGGCACAGCUUCUCCACCAAUGAUGCAAGUAUCGGGGAAUACAAGUACACAGUGACGGUUGGCAGCGACACCUUGAAGAUCACUGGCACAAACCUAGAGCUUGUUAAGGCUGCAAAACUGUUGUUGGACGACCAUUUCACGGGGGAGCGGGAACAUAUUGUUCCUCGUGAAGAGGCUUUCUUUAUUAGCUACGAGCCGGAGAGCGCCCCGGGCAAGCUGACAGGCAGCCGGCUGGGCAGCCUGGACAGCGGUGCAACGAGCGAGAGCGAGGAGACCUACAAGGCUCCCGCGGCGGAGCAGAGCCAUCUGCUGGACCUCAGCAACAACAACGCGACCGUCCGCCCGCAGCAGCGUGGACACUGCGAUGCAGUGAAGUAUUCUCGGGAAGAGCUGCUCAGCUGGUUCGUGAAGCCAGAGCUGAAGCCGCACGACUACGAGCACAUAUACAGGCAGUUCCCCGACCUUGUUCGCAAGGUGCAGUGUCAUAUUCCACCUUGUGGGCUCGUCCUGAAUAAGUCGAUGCUGCACCACACCUGCAGUGAUUUGGCAAGUCUUCAGCACGUUGGUGGCACGUGCAGAGUGCUUGAAGUGGCCUACUAUUUUCUUGCUUGAAGAAACCAAGUUAUUGAUACGUUUAUUGUUCAAGAAACCUUCCUUGAGCACCAGCUGCAGGGUGUGUGCUAGGCAUGAGGUGUGCUGGAAGCUGACAGUUCUAACCCAGCGACAAGGUCACGGGCAUUGUCUCGCACAAUGACCACCACUUUUUGCAGUAGUUCCCAUUUUUCUAACUUUAUUUUAUUAAUUUAAUUGGAGGUCUAUGUGCAUUUUAGCAAUGCAGUCAGCAUACAGAGAGCAACUGCAAUAAUAAAAGUUAUCAUUUUUUGUCUCUCAAUAUAUUAUUUUCACUCAUUGCAGUAAUGUUUGGUUACAUAAAAGUUUCAGAAGAUAUUUAGAAAGUUUUAAAUAAAUAAGAAUGGAUUCGAUAGUGUACAUCG